GUUUUUAUUAUUCAUAAUGAACCGUCCGAAACGCUCUCUAAAAACCCUAACGCUAAAGUUUGUUUGUUUGAGAAAACAAUGGCUCGGAAAUUGUUCGACGGCAGCGACUCCGAUGACGACGACGUAUCGAAGAUCGAAGUGAACAAAGAGUACGCCCGGAGGUUCGAGCAUAACAAGAAGCGCGAGGACCUGCAACGCUACGAGGAGCUGAAGAAGAAGGGCGUCAUAUCGUCGUCGUCCUCCUCUGAAGAUGAAAGCUCCGAUGAGGAAUCAUCAUCAUCUGAAGAAGAAUCCAACCCGUGGUUUCGUCCAGGUAAGAAGAAGGAUUUGGAAUUCGUAAACACUUUAAUCAUGUUAAGGGAGCAGAACCCAGCUCUCAACAAGAAGGAUGUGGAGCUUUUUAAAUCCGACGACGACGACGAAGAAGAAGAGAAAGAGGCGGUUGAGAAGAAGAACAAGAAGGAGAAGGAGAAGAAGAAGAAGGCAAUGUAUUUGAAGGAUGUGACGGCCAAGCAUCUGUUGGAAGAAGGCCCAGAAUUUGAUAAUAAGGAUGACGGUGAUGAUAUUGACCGUGGAAAAAAGAAGAAAACGUACAAUGAGGAACAGGAGGAAAUUCGCAAGGCAUUUCUAGAUGAAGUGGAUGCAAUGGAGGAAGAUGGAGAGGAUGAGUUGUUGAGAGUGAAGAAUAAGGUUGAUGAUGACGAUGAUGACGAUAGUGAUAUUGAGGAGCUUAAGAAGAAAGCUGAUGAGUACUUUGAUGGGGAUGAGAAUUCCAUCUUCUUGAAAAAUUUCAUUUUGAAAAAGUCGUGGCUUCAAAAGGAGGAUAAGGACGAUUUUCAGAUUAAAAAUGAUGAAUCCGACAUACUCGCCGAGGAUGAUAGAAUCGAUACCAUAGAGGAGAGUGAGUACAGGUUUCAGGAAAAUGCUGGUGAUAGGAUUAUUGGGCAUUCCAGGGAAGUGGAAGACUCUGUUAGGAAGAAGGUGAAGGCUAGGAAGGAACAGAGGAAGCGUAAGGAAGAGAGAAUGGAGAUUGCGAAAUUGGAGAGGGAAGAGGAGCUGAGGCAUUUCAAGAAUUUGAAGAAGAAAGAGAUCGAUGAAAGGGUUAAGAAGAUUAUGGAGAGUGCUGGGAUUAGAGAGGAAGAGGUUGUUCCUUUGAGUGCUAAGGAAUUGGAGGAGGAGUUUGAUCCUGAUGAGUAUGAUAGGAUGAUGAAGAAGGCGUUUGGUGAUAAGUACUAUGAGGCAGAGGAUGUUGAUCCUGGGUUUGGUAGUGAUGAGGAUGAUGGCGAGAUUGAAAAACCGGAUUUCGAGAAAGAGGAUGAGUUGCUUGGACUUCCCAAAGGUUGGGAUAGUAGUGGGGAUGGUGAUGGGUUUUUAGCUACAAGGGAAAGAAUUUUAAAGCUGAAUAAUGAUGGUGACCAUGAAGAAGGAGAAGAAGAAGAAGAAGAGGAAGAGGAGGAGGAGGAAGUAAAAGUAGAAGUGAAAGAAGAAGGAAAGCGAAAGAGGAAGCGGAAAACAGCGCUGUUGGAGAAAGCUAAAGAGGCAUUGAUGGAGGAAUAUUAUAAGUUGGAUUACGAGGAUACCAUUGGAGACUUGAAAACAAGGUUCAAGUAUGCCAAAAUAAAGCCUGAUAGAUAUGGGUUGAGCACUGCAGAUAUUUUGCAGACGGAUGAAAAGGAGUUGAAUCAAUUUGUCCCUCUGAAAAAGCUUGCUCCUUAUAAUGAGAAUGAAUGGAAGUUACCCAAGAAGAAGAAAUACCAGAUGAAGAUGAAGAUUGAAGAACUUCGAAUGGGACGGAAAGGAAAUGAUAAGAAUUUUGAUAAGAAGAAGAGAAUAGGGAAUGAUGCUUCUGCAUCAACAUCUUCUAGGGAUGCCACGGAAGAUGAGAAAGCACAAUUAGAAAACACAAAUGGGGAUUUGAGCAAUUUGUCUAGGAAAUCCAGAAGAAAGCAGCGCCAAGCCCAUCUUAAACUAUCACAGUCCAGACUCGCGGCGUAUGGAAAGGUGGCUUCAAAACCCAGCAAGAAAGAAUAGCACUGAACAUCAGCUGUGAAGAGGUUAUUUCCUCUAUUCAUUUGAUUUGCUUGGAACUGGGAGUGUGCCAAGUUUACCAGGAUAGCUUUAUUUGAUCCCAAGGGUAGGGUGGUUUAUUUUAUUUUUUUUGGGUAAUAGAUCGUAAGAGUGGUUUAUGAUUACAGAAGUCGAUCAUAGAUAUACGAGUAGUUUUUUGUUUUUGGUACAAAACUAUGGUUAAGUUGAUUUAGCAUUUUCCAUUUA